UCAGCCAUGGCUGACGACUCGCAGAGGAACUUCCGCUCGGUGUACUAUGAAAAGGUGGGGUUCAGAGGAGUGGAGGAGAAGAAGUCACUGGAGAUCCUCUUGAAAGAUGACCGCCUAGAUAUUGAGAAGCUUUGCACGUUUAGUCAAAGGUUUCCUCUCCCAUCCAUGUAUCGUAUACUGGUGUGGAAGGUGCUUUUAGGGAUUGUUCCUCCUCACCACGAGUCUCAUGCCCUGGUGAUGAAGUACAGGAAGGAGCAGUACUGGGACGUUCACCACGCUCUGCGUGUCAUUCGCUUCAUUAACGACUCCACCCCGCAGGUGGACGUUUUCCUCCGUGUGCAUCAGCUGGAAUCAGGAAAACUGCCUCGAAACCUGGCUUUUCCAUUGGAAGCUGAAGAUGAAGUGUUCCUUGCUAUUGCCAGAGCAAUGGAGGAGAUGGUGGAGGAUCCUAUAGAAUGCUACUGGCUUGUCAGCUGCUUUGUGAAUCAGCUGAACAGCAAGCACAAAGAUUCAUUACAACAGCUGCCAAAAGUUCUGGAGCAGUAUUUGAACAUUGAAGAUAACAGGCUCCUGCUGCACCUGAAAGCAUGUUCUGCAAUGAGCAAACUCCCCUACGAUCUUUGGUUUAAAAAGUGCUUUGCAGGCUGCUUACCAGAGUCCAGCUUACAGAGAGUUUGGGACAAAGUUAUUAGUGGGUCCUGCAAGAUUCUUGUUUUUGUUGCUCUGGAGAUAUUAUUGACCUUUAAAAUGAAGAUAAUAGCACUGAAUACUGCAGAAAAGAUCACACAGUUUUUGGAAAAUAUUCCUCAAGAUAACACUGAUGCCAUUGUCAGCAAGGCUGUUGAUCUGUGGCGCACACACUGUGGGACCCCAGCACACUCAGUCUGAGAACUUGCUUUGCUUACCAAAAAAAAAAAAGACAUUUGAAAAGACAUUUCACCACUCUUCCACAUCCUAGCGUGAUGUUCUUCAUUACCUCUUCUAUGUAAAGGUGCUGUGAAAGCAGCUAGUUGUGUGGUGAUCAAUAUGUACAUAUUUUUCAAUAAAUACAGAUGGAA